AUGUAUUUUAUAGACACCUUUCAGGAAGCUCGGCUCAAACUUCCACAGGCAACUCUGAUGUCUGACUUGCAGACGGAUGAUGAUGACGAUGAUCGUCCAGCAUACACAAGAAGAAAGAACAGGGGGAACAAAAGAAACCACUCAACCCUGCUGACUGAAGUUUUUAAAGCACAAGAGGUCAUCAAGCAACAACUUGUCAUGGUUCUUAAAAAUCAACAAAAACAGAACAGUGCUCAGUCACAGAGUGAUGAAUUUCCAGACAUCAGUUCAUUCAACCUUCCUUUGUCAGAUUUAUCUGAUCUGGAAAGGCUUGAAAAUCAAAUUAAGGAUCAGCCAGAACACAUGAAGAAGUUGGUGACCUACUUUGGAAUUAUUGGGGGGUUUUCCACCAAAGAAGCUGUGUGGCGUAUCCUGGGAAAGCUUUUGGUGAACUCUUUGGCUAAAAAAAUUAACUGGAGUGGUGCAAACCAAAAAGUGGCAUUUCGUGCAUUGGCCCUCAGGACUGUUGUAGUCAAUGCAGUGAGGGCAAAUGCCCAUACCAAGAUGUCCACUGAUAAAGAAGUGGAAAAAUACAUAACAAGAUGGUUACAACUUGCUCCUGACAGGGAUGGAGGAAGGAAGGAAAGAGCUAAAUCAAAAUCUAACUUUUAA